AUGCACUCACUAUAACUCAAAGUGAUAUGCUGAGAUCUUGAGCAGCCAGAACUAUAUUGCCACUCAUGUCUCUGCUUCAUGGUAUUAAUGCCAGACUGGAGUCGCCUCUCAGUGUAGCGCAAGGACGCUCUCAGGUGAAUUAUAUCACGUUUAACCAGGAUGCCUCUUGUGUGGCGCUUGGUCUUGAAAGUGGCUACCGAAUUUACUCUUGCAAACCAAAUAUCUCCAAAUGCUUAAUCUCAAGACGGGAAGAAUCGGUCGGGAUAAUAGAAAUGCUUUACUGUACCUCUCUUGUUGCAAUUGUUGGUUUGGGAGAGGAGGUUGGCUCUCUGCCGAGAAAGCUCAAAAUCCUAAACUCCAAGAGGCAAACGACAAUAUGCGACUUGAUUUUUCCUUCGACAAUCUUGCUGGUGAAACUCAGUCACCAAAGGAUGGUUGUGUUACUUGAAGAGCAAAUUUAUAUUUACGAUAUCAAAAAUAUGAACCUCCUCCAUACGAUUGAGACAUCUCCCAACCUCAAUCUGUUAUGUGCUCUAUCCGACAAUUAUGGUACAACAGGAACCAGUCUCUUAGCAUAUCCAUCACCUCCUAAGACAAUCACACAUGAGUCACUUCUAGUCAACGGUUUGAAUACAAAUGGAGGCUUGCAUUCGGUACAAAACAACAUACAAUCUGUAAGUAAUGCUCCCAAUAGAGUAGGAGACGCCAUCAUCUUUGAUCUAACAUCUUUACAGCCUUUAGCUGUAAUCGAAGCUCACAAGUCCGCAUUGUCAGCAAUGUGUAUAUCUAUCGACGGUUCUUUGCUUGCCACAGCUUCUGACAAAGGUACUAUCGUCCGCGUCUUCAACGUCAAUAGCGGAGUCAAGCUUUAUCAGUUUCGAAGGGGCACAUACCCGACAAAAAUCUUUUCACUUUCUUUUAGUAUUGACAACAAAUACGUUGUCGCUACUAGUUCUAGUGAGACUGUCCACAUAUUUCGACUCGGAGAGAAUGAGCUUUUAGCAAAUAAACAGAAGCAAAGUCGCAACUCAAGGCCUAAGGGCUUUAGUGGGGAAUUCAAGUAUCAAACAAUAGAAGAGGAAAUAGAGGGGCUGAAAUUCUCAAAAGAUGGCGGUGUGCCCUUUUGUGAAAAUGCUUCAUCAAGGUUGCAAGAGGAAGGAGAAAGGUUGAAUACGAAUACAAAAUCCAAUGAACAUCAGUUGGAAGACAAUGAGGACGGCGACAUUACAGAUGAUGCAGACGAAAUUGUGGAAGAUGAUGGAGAUGACAGUGAUGUAGAAGGUGACGACUACAGCGAUGAUGGCAUGAUGGAUCUAUCAAACAAACCCAGAAAGCUAUCUCAAAGCUCAUCGAAUUCCUUUAACAGCCUUACAUCGGGUUAUUCUAAUAUUAGCGGAGGAGAUGAACUAAGGGAUAGAUCUGAACCGAUAAUUGAUCAAAACAGAUUGUCUGUUGCACGUCUUAUACGUCGUUCUUCUCAACAUCUUGGGAGGAAAGCUGCUCAAAAAAUGGGAGACUAUUUACCAUCCCGAUUUUCUUCUAUUUUAGAGCCAACAAGACACUUUGCAUCCUUGAAAUUACAAACAAUGGGAAAAGAUGUAAAGUCAAUUGCAAUUAUUGAUGACAAAUUCCAAGGGGACAAGAAGGUGUUUAAUACUCCUCAUGAUGGUGACGGACCAGACGACUCCGCUAGUUCCACUUUUCCGUCAAACAUUUCUCACUCAAACAUGGAUCCAAAUAUUAUUCACAUCAAUGUGAUAACUUCUGAUGGUUAUUAUUACACAUAUGGGCUAGAUACAGAGAGAGGGGGUGACUGUAUUUUGCUUCAUCAAGACUUCCUUCUUGAUGACUAAAAACAUGUGGUAUUCUAGUAAGGUGGCCAUUUCUUCACAGCUUUAUGCACAUCUAUUUCUCGGAAAAUAAAAAAGAUUAGACCUAAUAUACUUUCCUGUGAUGGUAUGUGAAACAAAAUUGUCGUUUCAUUUAUUAACCUGAUGUCGCAUAAGGAUGCGGAGGGAUUCAGUGGUAUUGUGAAAGUUCGAGUUGACUGACGUGCAACAAACGGCCUUCCCCACCCCAAAAAAAAUAAAAGGAAAAAAAGAAUAUAAGUCUUGAGUUUGAAUGUAAAAGAAAAAAUUUGUAUUUAGAGAUGUUUUUUCAAAGGAUUCAUCUAAAAUAAAAGUGAAUGGAUAAUUACAUGGCUCC